UCGGGCAAAACACUUGUCAAAUUCCACGGCACUCCCCGACUGAGCUGGAGAAGAGAGAAAAUCCGGUGUAAAAACAUGGCGGCAGUCAUAGUCGUGCAUGGUGGGGCGUGGGCCAUUCCUGAUGAACUGGCAAAAGCCUCUGUUGAUGGAGUUAAGGCUGCAGCAUGUGAAGGGUAUUCAGUGCUGAAAAGAGGAGGAAGUGCACUGGAUGCUGUUGAGACUGCUGUCAGGGCUCUGGAAGAUAAUACUGUGUUUAAUGCAGGGCAUGGAGCAGCGCUAAACUCUGAUGGAGAAGUGGAGCUGGAUGCUAUUAUCAUGGAUGGAAGAACCCUUGCUAAUGGAGCUGUCUCGUCAGUGAAGAACAUUGCCAAUCCUGUCACACUGGCACGAGCAGUGAUGGAAAAGACUUCCCACUGCAUGUUGACGAGCCAGGGAGCCAACCAAUUUGCAGAAACCAUUGGCAUGGUGACAGUUCCCACUGAAACAAUGGUGACUGAGUAUGAGAGGAAAGAAUGGGAGAAGCACAAGAAUUAUAUAACAGGUGUAAUGGAAGAUUUCAACACACAGUGGGCCCAUGAUACUGUUGGAGCAGUUGCUGUUGACUUUACUGGUAACGUUGCAUGUGCAACAUCAACUGGGGGGAUCAGAAAUAAAAUGGUCGGCAGAGUCGGAGACUCUCCCAUCAUUGGUUCUGGAGGAUAUGCAGACAACCUCAGUGGUGCAGUUUCAUGCACUGGCCAUGGGGAGUCUAUUAUUAAAGUCACACUGGCCAGACUCAUUCUAUCACAUAUGGAACAAGGUAAAUCAGUAGCAGACUCUUCACAGCUGUCUCUUAAAUACAUGGGGGAUCGUGUGCAGGGUGCAGGAGGUGCCAUUGUUGUUUCUCCCUCAGGAGAGUGGGCAGCUACGUUCACCACAGAGCGAAUGGCAUGGGCAGCAGUGGAUCAGGAUGAUCUGUGGUUUGGAUUAGAUCCAAAUCAAAGACAUAAAGAGCAGCUAUCCAAAUGACAAUUGAAUAAACUCUUGUCAUCUUUAUUAUUUGUAGUCUUUAACUGGAAAAUUGUUAAUUUGAUCUCUUUUGAAUUUAUUUACUUAUUAACUACCAUUUGUAGUAUUUUAUCAUUAACUACGGGUUCUUUUUAGCACACAAAUAACGUUAUUUUUGAUAACCUUUAGACUCAAAGGUUUUGACUGUAUUAAAUGUAGAAU